UUUCGGCUGUAACGACAGUAGUGGGGCUGAAGCUCGCCCCGCUGGGUCCGGUGGCACGGAUUCACGGGGUCCGCAGCCCGGCGGGCCGAAAUGUCAUCUGUAGAAAAUUUACUUUCGAGACCGAGCAAGAGUCCGGUGUUGUCUGUUACCUCCAACUACCCCAGUCCUUGGAGCUGGGAUUGCGCAAUCUGGACUUAAGUCACAACAAAUUAUCUUCAAUCAAGGCCAGUCUUUUGGAUCACCUUUGUAGUCUUCAGGAAGUGAAGUUGAACAACAACGAACUGGAGGUCAUUCCAGAUUUGGGACCGGUCUCUGCAAAUAUAACUCUGCUGUCUUUGACCAGUAACAAGAUUGCCAACAUUUUGUCUGAACAUCUGAGGCCAUUUCAGAGCCUAGAAACUUUGGACUUGAGCAACAACAACAUAUCAGAGCUAAAAAUAUCAUCAUUUCCAUCAUUACAGCUCAAGUAUCUGUACAUUAACAGUAACCGAAUAACCUCCAUGGAGCCUGGUACCUUUGACAAUUUGUCUACCACACUUCAAGUAUUGAAACUGAACAGGAACAAAAUUUCAGCAAUCCCUCAAAAGAUGUUUAAACUCUCCCAUCUGCAGCACCUGGAGCUGAGUCGCAACAAAAUUAAAAAAAUAGAUGGGCUUACUUUCCAAGGACUCCCAGCUUUGAAAUCAUUAAAACUACAGAGAAAUGGGGUUACUAGGCUCAUGGAUGGUGCUUUCUGGGGAUUGACCAAUAUGGAAGUCUUGCAGCUGGACCAUAACAACUUAACGGAGGUAACCAAAGGGUGGCUUUAUGGCUUGCUGAUGCUGCAGCAACUCCAUCUCAGCCAAAAUGCCAUCAGCAGGAUCAGUCCUGAUGCCUGGGAAUUUUGCCAAAAACUCAGCGAGCUGGAUUUGACGUUCAAUCACUUAUCAAGGUUGGAUGAUUCAAGCUUUGUUGGGCUAAGUGUGCUGGUUGGACUGUACAUUGGAAACAACAAAGUAAAUUAUAUCGCUGAUUGUGCCUUCCGGGGACUUUCCAGUCUACAGACUUUGGAUCUGAAAAAUAAUGAAAUAUCAUGGACUAUUGAAGAUAUGAAUGGUGCUUUCUCUGGCCUAGAUAAACUUAGGAAGCUGAUACUCCAAGGAAAUAGGAUUAGAUCCAUUACAAAGAAAGCAUUUUCUGGUUUGGAUGCACUUGAACACCUAGAUCUAAGUAACAAUGCAAUUAUGUCAGUUCAAGGAAAUGCAUUUUCGCAAAUGAAGAAACUCAAAGAAUUGCACUUAAACACGUCGAGUCUCCUGUGUGACUGCCAGUUAAAAUGGCUACCACAGUGGAUGUCAGAGAACAACUUUCAGAGCUUUGUAAAUGCCAGUUGUGCCCAUCCUCAGCUGCUAAAAGGGAGAAGUAUUUUUGCUGUCAACCUGGAUGGAUUUGUUUGUG